UGCGAUAACUGACAUAAGUAAUGGAAUCUGUUAACCUGUUAAAUACCUCUUAUAAAACAAUUCUGUUAUAUAUCAUAUCACAUUUGAACCUUAUAAAUAAAUUUUGUCGAAUAAAUAUUUCAUUGAAGCAAUAAAAAGAAAUAGAAAUUCUAUGGUCGAUGACAGCCUGCCAAUUCGAGCGUCACUGCGUCAUAUAGAUGGGAGAGUUUAUAAAAAAUAGUGUGUUGUUUGUAUGCCCUCAUUUUUCUCUGUUUCUGGAGCAGUUUGCUGUCGAGAAGUUUAGUAUAAUUAUUUGUUAUCGUUGAGUAUAAUACUUGAUCUAGACGAAUAACCAAUAAUACCAUAUAAAAACUACUGCUUCGAGUUGAAAAUAAGCAGAUUCUUACCCUAAUAACAGGAUGUUUAAAAUAGUUCAAACUCUUGAGAGGGGCAAGAAGGAAUUGACAAUAGUCCCUAGUGCCUGGGAAAUAAGUGGUGUUCUCUUUUGGCCGAAGAGCAGGGCAGAUAAAUUGAUAAAAAUUAAUUCUAUGCCAGAAAGCAACUGGUUCGAAAUGCCAUGUAUUCUCAAAAGAAGUAAUUUAGAUUUAGAGUCGGCUGAUAAGGAACUGGAGAAAAUGCUCAAUCAGUGUGAUACUGAAGAAGAUCAGAAUCAUGAAUAUUCAACAUCAGUAUCUAAAAAAAAAGCUCCAGUUCGUUUACCAAAAAGGUCUGAAAAUUCAUCAUUUUUCGAUGUAAAUGAUUUGGUAAUUCAAACAUGCAGUGCUCCUACUGAAAAACAAGAAACAUCUUCAGCAACAAGCAUUAUAAAUAACCUAAAUAAAUGUAACAAAAAUAAUAUUUACAUUCAGGAUUCCAGGAUACUCAAUCCUGAACCUGGAGAUUUCAUUACACUGGAUCAGGAAAGUUUAUGCAGCCCAAAUAUUGCAUUAGGAAAUAGUGUCGUAAUAGAUGAAAAUAAACUGAAUGAAGUUUUUGCUCAAUUGAACAUCGUGAAAGAAAAUCAAGAAAAAAUAAUGUAUUCAUUGGCACGAUUCGAAACCUUACUAGAUAUGGUGGUUUCAAGCAUAAAAAAAUCUCCAGCCAGCUCAAGUACUGAGAUAAAUACCCAUGAAAAAAUUAAAAAUGAUUAA